AUGACAAUCGGAACCGGUAAACGUUCUUAUCGGGCAUGCUUAAGGUGCCGACGGCGCAAAGCCAAGUGCAAUCUUGAUGGUGUAGGCGAGCCAAAGAAGCCUCCCUACGAGGAAACAACUUUCGGUCAAAUCGAGCAGGCCAAGGAGCAACGCAUUCCUCAGAACGUUCCAUCAGCACCCAAGGCAAAGCUCGCCGCGCUUUCGCCGCGCCCUCAAUAUCAGAACAUGACGACGCUAUCCCAUCUACCGAUGAUUCGCAGAUGGACAACGACAAAUAUGAAGAGCGGACAACAGACGAUAGCUUACGCAUGGAACUUAGAAACCCUGCAGAUGCUCUGCAAUUCCUGGCACGCUCGAGCGACGCCUCAUCAAAUCGGCCUUCAAGUCAUGGCCGGCAUCAGCGUGGGCGUGGUUCUCCUGCAAACACUACCACAAAUCCCUCCAUACCUGCGAUCCGAUUACUUCUUACUCACGGUCAUUCUCACCAUCGCUUCAAGAGACUCACCAAAUCACUCUCUUACACACCGGUACUGCUGGGAUCACACUCAACGCCUCUUGCUUGAAGUACUUCUGGCACAAUCCUGGGCCCAGACCCCGCGGACCGUAGAAGGCCUGCUGCUCUUAUCCGAGUGGUUGCCCCACAUUCAGACCAAGCAGCCGGCUUCAGAGACGCCGAAAAAUCUGUUUAGCGAAGAUAGAACGGCUUGGUCUCUAGUAGGUCUUGCGAUACGACAAGGUUACCUUCUCUGCUUGGACCGAGCCGCCUUUAGACACGCUGGAGAUAGUGAGUCGAAGGAACGAGAGGAGCGCAAGAGGCUCAUUUGGGUCCACGUGUUUCUGGUGGACCGACAAAUUUCUGCCCGCUUAGGGCAAUCAUUUUGGUCUCGUGGCCCCUCUUUAUCCGCGCAAUUCACAGCCGAAGACUUUCCUAGCCUCAAGCCUGUUCCAGGCAUCAGGGAUGAAGAUUACGCAUCCAUCCUGCAGGCCAACAUUGAACUCACCCAGAUCUUGCACAAUGCUCACGCGAUACUCUACUCGUCGACAGAAAUGACUCUGACCAUGGUAUAUGACGGCGACUACGCUCGUUAUCUGGACGACUUUCUUCGGUCAACUAACAGCUGGCAUGCGAAAUGGAACGUCGUUCAAGCAUCCCACAAAAUCAAAAGCACACUGCUUUUGACGUACGAGUACAUCUGUCUAUACAUAAACGCUUUCUCAUUCCAAGCUGUUCUUACGCGAACGGCGGCUCCUCGGCCGUCAUUGCCAAAACGGCAAAGGACUUGCAAACGACCUCUAGCGGAAUUGUUCUCAGGCGGAGUCAUGUCUUCUCCCGAUGGCCGAUAUGGAGUGUACGCAACAGUCUUCCUCUACAAGGCCCAAUGCGCCGGAGCCUUUCAAAACGACGUUCAGCGCCAAGAAGUCGCCGAUUUAGUACUUCGGUUCAUCGCCGUAAUGAAAGAAGCUCCAUCUAUCGAAACACACAUAUGUCAUGGUUACAGCCGGAUGUUAAGACAACUCUGGCAAGGGCGACCCAAUGCCCACCACGCCUCCUCACGAAACACCCACCCACAAUCCAACACUGAUACGUCCAGGUAUGAGCAGGGAGGGUCUGAAAAUGUUGCGGAAUCGACUGGCUUACCGCUGGGGUUGUCGCCAGUACCACCCCGAGCUGACCAAGAUGGUCCGGUGUUGAGCUGGGAUGGCCUUGGGAACAUGAAUUCGGACUUCAUGUUUGGAAACCUGGGGCAGGAAAACGAUAUAGCAGCUUUUCCGACGAUCGAAGCAUAUCCUUUUGGGACAUUCUGGCCUGGGAUCACAGAUUUUGGGCAGCAGGGAGAGAUUCAGAAAAAUUCAUGGGAACAACAGGAUCCUGCGGCCGAUGGGGUUCAUGGAAUGAGAUUCGGGCAAACUGGAAUGGAAUUUCCAGGGACGGUUUAG